GCCCCUGACCGGCGGCUACUUAAGGCAGAGGGGCGGCGGCGGGCAGCAGCUGCGCUGCGAGGGCUCUGGGAGGAGUGGACCGGGCAAAAAUCCUGACCAUGACCCCCCACAGGCUGCUGCUGCCCCUGCUGCUGCUAACUCUGCUGUUCGCUGCCCGUUCAGAAGCCGCCUUGGCACGGUGCCCAGGCUGCGGGCAGGGGGUGCAGGCGGGUUGUCCGGGGGCUUGCGUGGAGGAGGAGGAUGGGGGGCCACCGGCGGAGGCCUGUACGGAAGCUGGGGGCUGUCUCAGGAGGGAGGGGCAGCAGUGCGGGGUCUACACCCCCAACUGCGUCCCAGGACUGCAGUGCCACCCGCCGGAGGAAGAGGAGGCGCCUUUGCGGGCGCUGCUGCUGGGCCGCGGCCGCUGCCGCCGGGCGCGCGGGCCCCAGGGAGAGAAUCCUAAGGAGAGCAAACCCCAAGCAGGGACCACUCGUCCCCAGGAUGUGAACCGCAGAGACCAACAGAGGAAUCCAGGGACCUCUACCAUUGCCGGCCGGCCCAGUCCUGGGGGUGUCCAAGACACUGAGAUGGGCCCGUGCCGCAGACAUCUGGACUCAGUGCUCCAGCAACUACAGACUGAGGUGUACCGAGGGGCUCACACCCUCUACGUGCCUAACUGUGACCAUCGGGGCUUCUACCGGAAGCGGCAGUGCCGCUCCUCCCAGGGCCAGCGCCGAGGUCCCUGCUGGUGUGUGGAUCGGAUGGGCCAGCCCCUGCCAGCGUCCCAGGAUGGCGAUGGAAUCUCCUCUUGCCCCCCUGGGAGCAGCGGCUAAGACUGGAGGGCUGGGGUGGGGAGAUGCAUCAGGGCCCCUGGAAGGAGCAUGGGGCUGCCAUCUUGGGUCAUUUGUUGAGUGAUGAGUAACUCAGGAGCCCUGAGCCCCAUACUCUACCUUCAGGCCCUACCCCCACUGUCCCCCCUCACCCCUAGACCCCACACACGGGAAGAUUAUUAGAGUGGGCUUUGGGUGUGAAUAAAGCUGUGUUGGGGGUCUCUGG